AUGACUGCUUACACUUACACUACUUGCAUAGUCAGCGGUGUUAGGUUUAAGACACUUGAACGUGAUGCAAAAUGCGCAACGCAAAACUCUGGGGUGGAAGUGGUUGGAGAGAACGUUUUGACUGCUAUACUCUCAAAUCUUACAAAAAGUCAGCUUUCUAGCUGUUUAGUUUGUAAAAGGUGGUUAAAGAUUAGUGGUGGUUUAGUUAAGUCAUUGAGAUUAUUGGAUUGGGAUUUUCUUGAUUCGGGUAGACUCGGUUUUCGUUUUCCUAAUCUUAUUGAUGUUGAUAUUGUUCAAGCUUGCAUAAUAUCCCCUCGGAAUUCGGGUAUUUGUUUGAGUAAUCAAUUCGUGUCGAUUCAUGUUAAUUCGUUUAUAUCCGACAAUGAGUGUGUUUGGAAGCCUGAUUUUUUGAGCAUUCGUGCGGUCGAUAGAGGGGUUCGGAUUCUAGCUCAAAGUUGCCCUAAUUUAAGAAGGCUUGUGUUGUGUGGCGUAAGCUUAGAAGGGUUAGUGUCUAUUGCAAAUGAGUGUUUGGCUUUGCAGGAACUAGAGUUAUGUUCCUGUACAGAUUUGGAUCUAAAAGGGCUUGCAGGUUUUAGGAAUUUACAAAUUUUGAAACUCAUUGGUUCGGUAAAUGGAUUGUAUGAUUCUGUGAUAUCGGAUAUUGGGUUGACUAUCUUGGCUCAAGUGUGUCCGAGGUUGUUAAAGCUUGAGCUUGUCAGGUUGCGAAGGGAGUUGUGA